AGGGCGAACCAAACCAUCGGACAAAUGCUUUGCUCCUGCAUAAGUCCCAACCAGAAGGACUGGGUAGCUAAGCUCCCAGCUAUCAAAUUUGCUAUAAAUCUUACCCGCAAAGAAACAACUGGAUACUCCCCGUUUUUCCUGAAUUUGGGACAAAUGCCGUGGGCCAUGGUGGAAUACCCCUCCUCAGGACAAAUAUCUCGGAGUCAGAGCCUACACUUUGAAAAUUAA